UCACGAGAUAAUUUUGUCUACGCAUUUUGUCGUCUUAUCUCUCUAUGUCUACCGAAGCUAACAUGGUUGCAAACGUCAAUCGUCUCGUGACGUCACAAGUAGAGAUAAACUUAAUUUUUACUUAUCUGUGGUAUUUUUGUCUACGAGCACUAACAUGCCAACGUAAUUUUCUCGACUUUUGACAUUUAAAAUAGGCAUAAUUGUCGUUGUCGUUUCUAGCGGACGAGAUAAUUUGUCUUCAAUAGAUUAACGGAAUUGCGAUGGCCGUUAAUUUUUAUAAUUAUUUAAUUUCAUUAUAUGAAGAGCGAGAGGCGCGCAAAAUCCAGCGCAGACGAAUUAGGGAUGUGUGUGAUCCAUUUGAUUUAGGCGAUAGAGAGUUUCAAUUGCUUUGGCGGAUCUCCAAACCGAUGGCACUCUAUAUCGUUGAAAAACUUUCAGAGGAUUUGAACCCUCAAACCAGUGACGGCCUGCCUGUUCAUCUCAAAGUAUUGUGCUCCAUCCAAUUUCUUGCCAAUGGAGGCUACCAGAGGCAAAUUGGGCAAGAACACACAAUGUGCCAGGCCCAAACAACAGUAAGCAGUUUUCUUGGUCAGUUUCUGACCUCUAUUUAUAGAAGACUUUUGGCUGAGUGGGUUCAUUUUCCUGGCUCCGAACCAAGCCGGAGGAGUGUGGCUUCAGAGUUUGAAGCAAAAUUCAACGUGCCAGGAAUAGUGGGGCUCCUGGAUUGUACCCACGUUAAAAUAUUUCCUCCGUCUGGCCCACAAGGUGCCCAUUAUAAAAAUAGAAGGAAGGAUGCACACACCAUUAAUGUACAACUGAUCUGUGAUGCUAACUGCAGAAUACUCAAUGUCAAUGCGCGCUAUCCUGGCAGGGUGCAUGAUGCCUUUAUAUGGCAUCAUUCAUCUGUACGAGAGGAGAUGAAAAGGCUGCAUGACAGAAGAAUCGGAAAUUAUUUCCUCUUGGGUGAUUCAGGGUAUCCAUUUGAACCUUGGCUAAUGACCCCAAUUCUGCAUGCAGAACCUAACUCUCCUCAUCAGAGGUACACAGAUUGGCACUGCCAGGUACGGAAUGCAGUGGAGAGGACAAACGGGUAUCUCAAGGGUAGCCUAAGAUGCCUGGGGAUAGACAGAGUUCUGCACUAUUCCCCAGAAAAAGCAUCUGAAAUUAUAUAUGCUUGCUGCAUCAUUUAUAAUUUGAUGAAGCAUUUUGGUGUACCAUUGGAGGAAGAUUCAGGAAAUGCUGAGCAGUACGGAGACAAUGAGCCUAGUGGUGUGGAAGAACCUAGGCAUCUUCUAAGAUUCUCCCAAGCCAAACGGGAACAACUCAUCGCCAAUUAUUUUAACUAGCUUAAGAUCGCGACUUCGUCCUUGUGGGCUACACAAAUUUCAAACCGCUAUUUCACCCCCUUAGGGGUUGAAUUUUCAAAAAUCCUUUCUUAGCAGAUGGCUUCAUCAUAAUAUCAUGCCAAAUUUCAUCCCAAACCGUCCAAUAGUAUAUUAU